GCCGCAGCGGAGAGCAGAGGCCACGAAGCACACAGCGACGACGUAGAGCUAUAUUUAUUUUGGUUUGGAAGUUAGUCCGCGAGCAGCCGUGUGUGCGUGCAUCGUCUAGCGACGACGAGUUCUCACGAUUUUGCUGGUCGUAUUUCCAAGUACUUGCUUAUCGGAGAUCAAGAACUGAGAAAAACAUGACCCGCGGGAAUCAACGUGAACUAGCACGGGCCAAGAAUAUGAAAAAAACUGUCAAGAAGGCAGCAGCGGAACAAGAGAGCAAUAAAGGACUUUCACUGGAACAGCGUAAAGCACGUGAUGCGGAACGAAUGAGGGAGAAGCAACAGAAGAAGCAACAGGAACAGGGAGAUAAGUCCAAGCAGGCAGCGAGAUAAUUCAAUGGGGGAGAUUGUGCAUAUUCUUGCAAUAAGAAUGGCUACCGUCAAUGGCAACGUUUAAAAAAUUCACGACCGUAAGAGACGAGGGUUAACGUUUUAACCGGGAAACACACAAAAGGUAUAUCACCAUCAUGUCGUUGGUGUUAGAGAAUCUUCCCAGCGGUGGCCGUACAGAGCCGCGCUUUAUGCAACACAGGACCUAGCCUCGAUUAUCUCGUUAUUUACAUGUAUUGCUCACGAAAAA